AUGCGAGAUACGAUCGCAAAGUACGUACCGAAAGGAAGUAUACCGGCGCCCCCAGCAAAUGUGCCAAUGAUGGCUGUUCCUGAGAUCAGACUUGAGCCACUGGUGUCUCUGGCCGACUCUCUGCCCGCGAAAGUGACAAAGGACUACCCAGUGCCGAUGGAGGCGCUUGGACAAUCGUACGGUUUCAUCUUGUGCGAGCACACCGCAACAGAGGCUUCUUCUGGCAUCCUGCACCCCGGUGAUCGUCCUCGAGAUCGUGUCCUGGUGUAUGUCAACAAUGUUCGAGUGGGUAUCAUCGACAGUCAGUAUCAGCAUCCCAACAACGUCAGCGUAGACCUCAAGCCUGGGGAUACUCUCCGUAUGCUGAUAGAGAGCUUGGGCCGGGUGGACUAUUAUUCUACUGGCAACAAAUACGCCGAUUACCUCAGACAACCGCACAAGGGUAUUGUUGGGAAUGUGACUGUUGGCAGCAAAACGAUGACCCGCUGGAACCAUUACACAAUUCCUUUGACGGAGCUUCCGUCCACCACACAGGCGCCAUCGUACUCCAACAAUGCAUCGGAUGCAAAAGGGCAGUUGCCGCAAUUCUAUCAUGGGACUUUCAAAGUACCAAGUGGCAUGAACUGCACGGAUCCAGCAGCUCUUGAUCCUUUCUUGUCGAUACCAGCCGGCGUCAGGGGUCAGGUUUUCGUCAAUGGCUCCAAUCUUGGUCGAUACUGGCUCGUGGGCCCACAACAGUCGCUGUAG